UUGUAUCAGUUGUUUGCCAGAAUGUUGCAAUAUUUCCACAAGCCCCUGAUCUAGAGUGGUCCAGAAAGCCCUGUCUGCUACACAAGCUCGUUUCGCUCGUGUUAAACUGAGGCGCAACAGUAAGCAUGUUCGAGUUUUCGGUUCUUGUUUUAAUAUGCAUCUUUCUCGUCCUUUUCCUCAUUCGUAUCCAGAGGCCGAAGAAUUUUCCUCCUGGACCUCCUCCUGUUCCUAUAUUUGGAAAUCUGCUUCAGAUCAACCUGGCUGAUCCUUUAAAGGAAUUUGAAAGGCUUGCAGAAAAAUAUGGAAACAUUUUCAGCCUGUACACUGGAUCGAGGCCAGCAGUUUUUUUGAAUAAUUUUGAAGUUAUCAAGGAAGCUCUGGUUACCAAAGCUCAAGACUUCUCAGGACGACCUCAAGAAUUAAUGAUCAGUCAUCUCACGGGGAAUAAAGGUGUUGUGUUGGCUGACUAUGGACCUCUUUGGAAGGACCAUCGACGCUUUGCUCUCAUGACCCUGAGGAAUUUUGGUCUGGGGAAGCAGUCCAUGGAGGAGAGAAUUAUGGGGGAAAUUUCACACAUUGUUGAUUUCCUUGACAAGAACACAGGGAAAACGGUGGAUCCUCAGAUUAUGUUCCACAAUAUUGCAUCAAAUGUUAUAAACCUGGUUCUGUUCGGAAGCCGUUUUGAUCACAACAAUGAAUUUCUUCGGGGCUACAUUCAGCGCAUUGCUGAGAAUUUAAGGAUCCUCAUUGGACCCUGGAACAUGAUAUACGACACAUUUCCUGUAUUGAGAAUCCUGCCCCUGCCUUUUAAAAAAGCAUUUGAUAAUGUAAAAAUAAUAAAAAGUAUGAAUCGAAAGCUGAUUGACGAACACAAGAGCACAAGAGUCCCAGGAGAGCCGAGAGACUUCAUCGACUGCUAUCUGGAUGAGCUUGAUAAGGUAAAAAAUGAUGUUUCCACUUUUUCUGAAGACCAGCUGAUCAUGAACAUUAUGGAUAUGAGCUUUGCAGGGACCGACACCACUUCUAACACCCUCCUCGCUGCUUUCCUCUACCUCAUGAACCACCCAGAGGUGCAAGUAAAAUGCCAGCAAGAGAUUGAUGAUGUUCUGGAGGGUAAAGAUCUGGCGUCGUAUGAAGACAGACACAAUAUGCCGUACACACUGGCUGUGAUUCAUGAGGUUCAGCGCGUCGCUAACAUUGUACCACUAAGUGUCUUGCACUGCACCACAAGAGACACCGAGCUAAUGGGAUACAACAUCCCAAAGGGAACUGUAAUCAUUCCCAACCUCACUAUCGUCCUAAAAGAAGAAGGUCAGUGGAAGUUUCCUCAUGAGUUCAACCCAGCAAACUUCCUGAAUGAGCAGGGCCAGUUUGAGAAGCCUGAAGCCUUCAUACCCUUCUCCGCAGGUCCUCGUGUGUGUCUUGGUGAAGGACUGGCCCGUAUGGAGCUUUUCUUGGUUUUUGUUGCUCUACUGCGGCGUUUUCAGUUUGUUUGGCCUGAAGAUGCUGGGAAACCAGAUUACACCCCUGUAUUCGGGCUCACCAUGACAUCCAAACCCUACAGAAUGCACAUCAGGCAGAGAGACACAGUUAAACAGUGAAUCUUGAUGCUGGGUAUAAAGUUUCAGAAAAUGAAUAACAGUCAGGUUAUAGUAGGUAAAAAAUUCAAUUCCCUUUCUUCAGAUGCUAUUUCAAACAAGAUGUUAGUCUUAUAAUGUUGAUAUACUAUGAAUCUUUUUCAUAAACUUUUGAUAUUCUGUCAUUUCUACGAACACAAUAAAGGUCUAAUCAGUCUGGGAUUUCUCUGAUGCAUUUCUAAAAUCAUCCCAGUUUUGUGAAAUCAUUUCUUUGCUCAGCUCUGAUGUUCACUUUAAAGAGAACAUCUGAAGAGAAACAUCUCAAAUCAAAUAACUACAAUUAAAAGACCUUUCAUUAUAAGUGAAAUAUCUUCUCUUAACAGUCACGAUGCUGAAUUUCUUCCACCGAGAAGUAGACUUAAACACCCAUACAGGAAAUAAAUGUACUUAAUAAUUUAAGGUAUUCUUUAAGGUUGUUGUUUAACAUUUAAACAUUUGUGACCGACAGCUAGACCCAAACACUCAAAAAUAGCAUGUCUAAAAGGUGCAUUGAUCAGAGUAUAACAAAAUCUGUUACGCAAAUUUGAUGUUGAAAAAUGUCUAUAGGGUUAAGAGAAUUAGUAUAUUAGACAUUCAUUUAAACAGACAUUAACAGUUCACAGUGGUUUCCAAAGUGGGAGGUCUUUUGGUGUUUCCAAAAAUAUCAUAUAUUAUUAAACUAUUAGAAUUACCAAAAUUAAGAUAUUACCAUAUUUUAUCCAUAAACUGCAGAAGAUAAAAAUAGUAUUCGAUGGAUACAUAAACAACAACAUGAGAGUAAAAAGCCAUCAGCCUUUCAAUUAUUUUACCAUUGGAUUGUGCCCCCUGGGGUUAUUUUGCUAGAUUAAUGACACAGUAAUAGUGUUAGUUGCAGCAGAUUGAUUUUACAGCACAACGUUAAACUUUGACACCUUUAUGGCACUCACGUCCAUUUAAAACCAUUGUGUGCAAUGUUUGUAUGUUUAUAACCACUUCUGAGGUUAGUGGGGGUUGCGAGUCACUGCAAUUGUUAUUUUGGGGGUUGUAAGCUGAAAAGUUUGGGAACCCCUCAUUUAGAAUGAUCGUACAACAGACCUUUUUAAAAGUACUCCACAGAUAUUUUCCAGACCAAAUGCUCUUCAGAAGUAUGUUAAAGGUGGUUAAAUCUUAUGAAACACUGGAUUUGUACUGGCAGCUAUAUAAUUGAGGAUAUCAUUAGUUAGAGAUAUAGUGACUGUCAGGAAUUUAUUUCUAAUGUUUCUCUAUGGAAUCAUUGUAACCAUU